UUUGACAGAAAAGAUGAUCCGGAGCUGCGCUUCUGGCUGGAGAAGCCUGCGAUCGACCGAAUGCAACACAUAAACACCGACAGGGGAAAGGAUUAUUUUAUGGGUUGCAUGUGAUUUUUUUUUCUUUCCUCCCCCCCGCGUCCCCCCCCCAUCUGGAUUUCGGAUUACUGAAAACAUUCCUCGGAAUGGAAGGACGGGAGUUCGCUGCUCCGGCGCACCUUCUGUCGGAGCGGGGYGCCCUGGUGCACCGAGCCGCCUCUCGGAUCGCUCCUUCGGGCCACGGCUCCGUGCAGCACGCCGGUCACUUCCCGCCGGGGAAAUAUUACCCCUCUCACAUACCGAUGGCUCCACAUUCAGGCAGUGGAUUGAUGGGCAACUCUUCCGCCUCCUUCAUGGGAACCUUUUUGGCCAGUAGUCUGGGUUCCCCUCCUUCCCACCCGCCUCACCCCUCCCGGCCACCCUCUUCGCCCUCCUCACCCUCCUUCCGAGGUGGACCCCACUCCAGCGCCUCACAAAUCUGGUUUCCCCAUUCCCAYGAAGGUCCAGGAUAUCCUCGAUUUUCAGGGAGUCUUGCCCACACUUUCCUCCCGAUGAGCCACUUGGAUCACCAUGCCAACAGUGGUGUUUUGUAUGGGCAGCACCGCUUCUACGACACGCAAAAAGAGAACUUCUACCUGCGGGGUCUUUCAUCCCAGCCGUCUCUCAUCUCAGCCAAUCACAGUCUGCCACCAAUGUCCAGGACAGGCUCAGGACACUCUCAGGGGUCCUGCAGCAGAGACAGAGAUCCGGGAAUAGGGACGGGUGUACACAAGGGUCUUAAAGAGGGUUCUGUGGAAAGGGGAGUGGUACCUGGCAAGGACAAGGAGAGAUCCAGCAGCAAACAAGAGGCCAAGGAACGACAACAACAACAGCAACACCACAGCCACCAGACACCCCAGACCACACACCACCACCAUUCCCACACUCAUCAGCAGCAACCUCACUAUCUAGAUCAUCUGCUGCCGUUAGAGGAUGUUAAUAGUCGAGCCCUAGAAAGGCACAAGGCCUCACUCACAAUGGAGUACAACAAGGAGCACCCUCAGACUUUAGGCAAAUCCCUCAGCGCCUGCUUGCACAAUGGAAAAAUGCAAAAUGGAGAUGCAGGAACUACAACAGGGACAAAAGUCUCCAUGUCCAGCUGUGGUGGUGAUGGCACAGUGCUUCGGACUAUGGGAGACGUGGGGGUCAACCAGGGCAGGCAUAUGGGUUGUAAUGGUAGUAGUCGCUGCACCAAAGAAGGAAUAAGUGGGGAGAUGAGAAUCAGUGARCAGCCCUCGGACUGUCUGGAACGGGGUCCGGCACCACUUCACCACUCUCUGCCCUACUCUGUACCCCCUCCCUUGCACAUGGGCUCUGCUACUGGGGGUGCGCACGCUCAUCCCCAUCCUCAUGCUCACCCCCAUACACACCCUCACCCAGGAGGCUUCCACUGCCUUCAGCUCCACCCCAGCCAUCCGCACCACCCGCAUCAUCCCCACCACACGCACCACCAUCCGGACUUUUUCUGCCCGCCCCCACCUGCUCCUUUAGCCAACCCUGCUUCCCAAGAGAGGGGCGCAAUCAACGUGGGACGGGAUCCUAAAGUCACCGGGCCAACGUUUGUGCCAUCUGUGGCAGACUUAGGAGAUAAGUCUGCUGGACCAUUUCAGCUUGGUAACCUUGACUGUCAGGGUUUGGGUAGUGGAGGAGGAGGCAGCAAUGCCAAGGACAAAGCAAUAGAAAAGAGUGCUGGAGGUGGGCACCAUGGUAGCUGGCACAGAAAGCAGCAGCAGCAACAACAAUAUAGAAAGGCAGAGAAGGCACUAGAUUGGAUGCAGGCUCAUCAUCAACAUGUUCAGCCAUCACAACUUCCUCCACCGUCCCAACAACAACAUCAACAACAACAACAACAACAACAACAACAACAACAACAAAAGCCGCCACAUUCUCAACAACAGCACCUAGUUGUGCGGUCGCGAAGUGCUGAGUGUAUCAACAGCGGUGUGGACUUAGAUGUGUUCAGAUCUUCCUUGUCCCAGGGACCAAAGGCGGGGAAUUCUGUCCCUCAUUCUGUCAACACUUCUCCUUAUAGAGACUGUUCCCAUCAAGGACCCCCACCUAACUCGUCCCCUCUUGGAAAUAAAAACAUGGGGCAACACGGCGGGACUGCAACAGCCCAUGGUCCAGGAGGUAGCUGCUCGUUACAGAGAGAUGGCCAAAAGGUAGCCAGGAUUCGCCACCAGCAACAUAGCCGUCCCGGUCCAGACGCUUCCUCUCCUGCUGAGCUGAACCAGAUUAACUCUCAGGAGCUUAAAAGUAAGAUGGACAUGUCCCCCUAUGGUUACAGAAACAGCAGCGGGCAGCACCACCACCAGCAACCCCUGGUGCCACCCUGGAACAUGAGGCCUCCCCAUCACAUGUCGCAUCCUGAGGAGGAGCAGAGGAAGUCUUACAUGGAUCUUGGGAACUCUGCUGGACAACACCCACAGCAACAGCAACAGCAGCCAGGGAUGAACCUCCCUCCUUCACAGCCCCAAACUGCACCUCCACUUAGUCAGCAACAGCAGCAGCAACCUGAUCCCCAAGGUCCAACUCAGGGUGAAAGCAGCGCCAUGAAAAGCCUGCUGAAGUACAGCAACCAGCAACAGCCACUGCUCCUCUCUCAGAAAACCCCAUUUGGGGGGCUGGGGAGUCUCAAAUCAGGUCCGUCAGGGGGUAGCUGUGCCCUGCAAGGCAACAAGCAGACUCUACCUUCUAGGAAGGGUCCAGCUGACAACGAGCGCCCAGAUUACAGUGGGCGGAGUCGAGAAAUAGGGGAGACGGGUCACGGGGAGAGUGAAGUGCGGCAGCCGCCAGUGGGGAUUGCCGUGGCAGUAGCCAGACAAAGGGAGCCUCCGUGUCGCUCAGCAGAUAGUCACCCCAACAACCGUCAGGGAAGAGUACAGAACUCUGUGAAAGGACUGCCACGCUCCAUGUAUCCCUCAGAUCGCAGUGAGGAGGAAAGGAAGAGGAUGAGUGAGGAACAAAUGGGCCUCACUUGCUUGGACAGAGACAGAGACGCAUACAUCAGGGACAAUAAAGAAAGGGUGGAGUUUGCAAGGAUCCACCCAUCCACCAGUUGCCACAGUGACCUCACCUCUCAUCUCAUGGUCCCUGGUGGGACGUCACUCCAGUCCGGCCAGUUAGGUGAUCCUGCUGCACAUUCCGCUCAUCAUCAUUGGAUGCCAAGAACUGGAAGUCCAUCUCUCUGGAUGACAGGACACUCUUAUGCAGGCAUAGGUCAUACAACCCUGCACCAGAAUCUGCCUCCGGGAUUCUCCUCGGCCAUGCCAGGCCCUCUGCAGCCAGUCCUUCCUCUGCCUCAGGACCCCUCUGCUCAGCUGGUGGUCCUGCCCUCUGAGCCUCCUGCCCAUCCUGCAACACAUCACCUGGACGUGAUGGAGCAGCAAGGGCUGUGGCCCCCUGUGUACGGUGCACGGGGCCCACCCUCUCACAUGCAACAUCCUGCCGUGUACUCCCGGUCUCAGUUUCUACGGCAACAAGAGCUGUACGCUUUCCAGCAGCACCAACAGCUUCAGCAUCAGCACCAGAGUCACCAGUCACAACAGCUGCAGCCUCAGCCUCAGCAGCCUCAGCAGCAGCACAGAGCUGAACACAGCAUGCACCAUCAAGCCACUCACCAUCAACAGGUACAGAAAAGACCAGACGAGCCAGCAAACGAACUAGAAGAACUCAUUUCCGAGCCAAGAGCGUCCAAACCCGCCAAGGCCUACUCUUACAACCCUCAGCAGAGAAACGCCUCGCCCCCCGGGGCCUGCGUGACUCACUUAUCCCCCUGUUACCAGUCCCCCUCUCUGCGCCAGCAUCCCCGAAGCACUCCGUCGACACCCUGCCCUGCUCCCAGUCCUGUGGCAGCUGCCCCUCAUUCUCCUGCAAUCAGCCCGGCCCCGCCGCAGAUGCUUAAAGGGGCUGAGUCCCAAGACAAGAGAGGCAAGAGACAGGCCCCGCAAGAUUACCCAGAGUCUCUGGAGCCUGACUUGCCUCCUGGAUACACCUACCCACCUAUUGCCAUGAGCUACAGGAGCGGACCCUCCCAGCAGGAUGUUCGACUGGCUGAACCAGCUGACUUGGAGGCAAUCCAAGUGGAACCAGCUGAGCAUGCCCCCCAGUCUCUUGCCAGUCUAGGGGAGGAGUUAGAUUGCCAAGUGGCAGUCAUGCCCCUCCCAGGGACACUCCCACUUAAGGAAGUAGAGCCAGAAGAGGAGGAAAGAGUAGCUGAGGGGGGGUUGGAACAGAGGGAGGAGGUAGAGGUCACAGCAGUGACAGUAGCCAACUAUGUGCCUGAAGAGGAGGAGGAUGCAGUUGACCACAGUUCAGCUGAGGAUGAGGAUGUUUUAGUUUGCCCACCCACUGAGAGUUCGGCGUGUGAGACGGCCUCCUGUUUGGUUCCCCUUCCAACAGGGGAGACGAAUAGGCUGGAAACUGUUGUCACUUUAGAGGAGGAAGACGAUGAUAAGGCAGCGGGUGGGGACAGUCAGGAGGGGUAUGAUCAAAAUGUCAACAUUCCUGGAGAACAAGAGCCAGAGUUGCCUGCCAUCAUAGAGCUUGACCCAGCUUCUCCUUCUGCCGUGGACUCGCCAUGCCUACGCCCAGAGGGAGUGAAGGAAAGUGAGCCCCAGCACGAGAACAAGAUAACUCCAGAUGAUGCCCCAGUGGAAUUUCUGUGUCAGUCCCCCKCCUCUGUCUCUGCCUGCAGCCAAAGUGAAGAAUCGGUUGCUGUGCCCCACAAGCCUCUUGUGCCAUGUUACUGGAGUCUGGAGCUGCUGAUUGCUGCUGCUUUUUGCACAGAUGUACCCCCUUUUCCCCUGUACCCUCAUAGCACGCCAUCAACUAUGCCAGCCCGAUGCACCCCCAACCAGGGUAUGGAGCUUCUGAGUGAGCUUGCAGAGUUGGAGCUGCAGCAGAUCAAGCACAACUGUGGGAAAAGCCAGGACGAAGAGCUGCUUCUGUUUGACCUCCAAAGCCUUGCUACCUUGGCCACAGCCCGUGCCUUGGAGUUGGGAUCCCAGGAAAGCAGCAGUGCUGGUUCAGAGCGACACUUCCCGGCUCGCAGGAUUCUCAAUUUGCGCAGAAAGUGCAGCUGGACCCCUCGCAAUGAGCCAGUGUGCCCAGCCAAAGUUAGCAUGGAAACAAUGGACGGUCCUGAGCUGGCCAUGCGUGUGAAGUUAGCAGAGAUACAGCGUCGCUACAAAGAGAAGCAAAAAGAGCUGGCCAAACUUCAAAGGAAGCAUGAUCAUCAGAAGGAGGAAACUCCUCGCAGCCCUGCACGACGAGGGCCAGGACGGCCGAGGAAGAGGAAACCCACCCUCACCACAGGUCCAGUGUCCUCAACCGAAGGCCAAAGAAAAGUCAAGUUGUUGGGGAUGGGGCUUGGCUUAUCGCCUGAGGACUUAGGAGGGGGCGGAGACACUCAGAGAAGGAGGAAGAGGCUGUCCAGUCAAGGCUUUGAGCAUCUCAGCAGUGCACAGAUAAAAGCACAGAGCUGCAAAAAAAGCAGUGUUCACGGCGUGCUGAGCUCCAAGCUAGCUGGUGAUGUGGCUCAGCUCAAACAGAAGGCCCAGGUUAAAAGGAAUCUCUCAGGAACAGGCUCCAGGGACAAGGAGGGUUCACCUUGCAGCUCCAACCCCAAGCAUGGACACAGAAGCCAGGGCGUGGGCAAAGCCGAGUCCAGRCGAGAGUCGGAGGCACAAAGCGAUACAGCAGCCAGCGUGGACAGCAUUCUUCAAGAAAACUGGACCGGACAGAUGGAUCAUGGAAGCAGAAAAGGGUCCAACACGUCGACACAAGGUUCCUCCCACCAGAGUCAGCCAAAGACAAAACGUCAGCGUGGUCAGAGGCCAGGAACAAUAAAGGAUAAACAAAGCUCUUCUGCAGAAAGUGACUCGUCUGAGCAAGAUGAUGAAGAAGAGGAAGGCAGCUACGAGACCGAUGAAGGUCAAGAUUACAAAGCCAGACUUCCCAGAGACAUAACUUCAAGUUCCACCAUGACGGACCCAAGUCCUUCAUCCAUCGUAAAACUKGAGGCCAACCAGAAAGCCAGGAACAAAAAACAGAGACAGGAGUUGUAUGGUUCCCAGAUUCUACCUGUAGCUGAGGGAGAAGUCAAAGUCAGGAAGAAACCUACCUGUAGGUUGGGCUUAGCUACUUCGGUCAAAAACCACCAACAUCAACGGUCUGAAGGAGCGAGAAGAGCAUGUGGACCCCGGUCGAAGGAAUCCAAGUGGGGCAACCUCGGUACAAGAGGCACCCGGUACAGGAGGAGCAUCGGAAUGGCCACCUUCCCAACAACCAGUGAGCGGUUGAAGAGGGCGACACGCAAGAACACCAUGUUGAGAGGAACAAUAAACAAGAGGAGAAGCUGCUGGUCAGUUGGAGCCUCGUCUUURCAGGGUGAGGAGGGAAUCAGGGGCCAAAAAAGCAAGGACCAACAGCCGUUUGGACGAGCAGUGAGUCGUCUCCUGGAGAGCUUUGCUGCUGAUGAGGGCUUUCAGAUGGAUGGUAGCAGCUUCUCAGAGGAAGAUGAGGACCACAGUCCGUCACACAGGAAAAGCCCCAAAUUUCCCAACUGUGUCUUGACCAAAGAACUCUUAUGUGAUGGACUUAAAGUGCUGAUCUCGAAGGAGGAUGAGCUUCUUUAUGCUGCUAGGGUCCACACUCUGGAGAUCCCAGAUAUCUUUAGCGUUGUUAUUGAUGGUGAAAGAGGAAACCGACCAAGAAUAUAUUCACUGGAGCAACUGUUGAAGCAAGCUGUUCUGGAUAUACGACCAGAGUCCGAGGCUAUGCUCAGUGAAGGAACCAGGGUGUGUGCUUAUUGGAGCGAGCGUUCACGCUGCCUUUAUCCAGGCUACGUUCACAGAGGUGGAUCAUCAGAUGAGGGGAAGCCAGGUGGGGUGAUGGUUGAGUUCGAUGAUGGAGACAGAGGGAAAAUUUUGCUCCCCAACAUCCGACUCCUGCCACCAGGGUACCAGAUUCAGUGUGGUGAGUCAACUCCUGCCCUGCUGGUACCGAGUGGAACAACAGCUAAGAAAAGUUCRAGUCUGGAGCAAGUUCCAAUCAUCGACAGGUCUUCAGACAGACUCAGCUCAACCAGUUCUACAAACAACACUCACAGCCUUACCGUUAUCAAAAGAAGGCCAGGAAGACCAAAGGGCUCUGGGAAAAAACAAAAGCAACAACAGGCUGAAAAUACCAACAAAAGUACUUCAGCUUUCUUGGGUUGGAGUUCAAUGGCUAACACUCGGAAAAGAUCAUCCGACAAUCUGUUUCAGUCCAAUGGGGCACCAAGGAAGACUCUAAGAGGGAAGGAAGAUGCCUUGUUCUUGCUGCCUCAGACCCAGUCAAUGGCCUCCCUCCCAUCCAAAAGCCUUUUCAGCAGCAGCUCCUUUGAAGUGGAUUCCUUUAGAAGCAUUGCAAAUGGCUACUCCUCCUUUUGUACCCAGGCUACAGGGACAAGUUUGGGUUUAUCUCUGGGCUCCAAGAGUGGUAUGUAUAGUGAGAAGCGUAGGCAAGAUGAACUGGUAACAUCAAGGAGCAAGAAGUCCGGACAAGAGUUUCUGGUCAAAUUAGAUCACGAAGGGGUGACAUCUCCCAAGACAAAGAACAGCAAGGCUCUGCUGCUGAGAGGCGAAUACUCUAGUGUGAGUGGCAUGCCCAAGACUGAGGCAUACUCUCACCCAGUCCUGUUGGUUAAAGACAACAAAAAGGGAGGUUCCUCUAGAGUGGAGCUUCUCCUGAAAGGGGCCACACCUCAAAGAAAACCCUCCACUUCUCUGCGCCAGGACAAAUACGGUGAUUUGGGCUUCAGCUCGCACCGAGAGUGUCAUACUUCCUAUUCGGAUCUGGAUGAUGAAGAGGAAGAGGAGGAAAGGAGGCGGGCUGCACUCGCUACAGCCGCAGGAGGUCUCAGGAUGGCUGGACGUUUUCAUUCCCGCCUCUCCGUCUCCUCUUCCUCCUCUGGUUCUUCAAGCUCCUCCUCUUCAGGCUCUCUUUCAAGUUCCAGCCUUUGCUCAUCUGACAAUGAUUCAUCCUACAGCUCRGACGAUGAGGACAGUUCUGCACUGAUGCUGCAGAGUUGUCUGUCUUCCCACCAGGGGCUCCUGCAGUCAUCUGAACCCUCUACUUCUUCAAGGUCCCAACAGCACUCCUUUGUGGCCAAAGCUGUGGCUGUUUCCAGCGUAAAAGGAGCUGACCAGGGGUCCAACAGUAAAUCCUUAAAGAGGAAAGAGUGUAUGAUUUCCAAACCAAACAAGGAACUAGUGAAAAAACCAAGGAUGCUUCCAGAUGACGCGUCAUAUAUUCCAAGGCCCAAGAUGGCUGCGUUUCUUCCAGGCCGCCAAAUGUGGAGAUGGUCAGGAAAUCCUACGCAGAGACGAGGGCUAAAGGGCAAGGCCCGGAAGCUUUUCUACAAGGCCAUAGURCGAGGCAGAGACACUGUGAGAGUUGGAGAUUGUGCUGUGUUUCUCUCGGCUGGACGCCCCAAYCUCCCAUACGUGGGCCAAAUUGAAAACCUUUGGGAAACUUGGACCUCAAGAAUGGUUGUCAAAGUCAAGUGGUUCUAUCACCCUGAGGAGACCAAACUAGGCAAGAGGCUUCGAGAUGGCAAACAUGCCCUUUACCAGUCGUGUCAUGAGGAUGAGAACGAUGUCCAGACAAUCUCUCAUAAGUGCCGGGUGAUGAGCAGGGAGGAAUACGAGUGUGUAACUCAGAAUCAGAAGCCAAACAGUACCUCCCCAGACCUCUACUACUUGGCUGGGACCUAUGACCCCACCACUGGUCAGCUAGUCACUGUUGAAGGGAUUUCUAUUAUGUGCUGAACCAUUACAAGAACACUACUGAAGAACUUCUGUGRGGAACGAUUCAUGACUUUACCCAUGACCCUCAGCUUCCUGAAUAGAAAAUAUUCCAUGAGUAAGCCUCAAGUACUCAUAAACUAAAAGUCAGCUCUGAAACAGAGCAGUCUGUGAUUACACACUGGAGUAUUUUUGCAUCUAAUUCUUGUGAAAGUGAAGUGGUUGUCCAUAACUGGUUGGUCCUUUCAUGAAGAAGAAAAGAACGUCUGGGUCUUCCUGGGCAUCACAAACUUCAAAUAAGUGGUGUUACCAUUCCCUAUUUAAUCUAUUUUAUAAAAUAUUUUUUGUGACUGACAUCUUACAUGUCUGGCUUCUAUCAAAUGUCACUGACAUGGAGCUGAGAUUGCAUUUGGUUGUGCAAUAUGAGGCUCGAUUGUCACCGUGGACCAGUUGUUCAAGUGUUAGCCUUGUUUAAAUAAUUGAAAACUAACAGGGAGGCAUGAGGUUGUCUCUAAGCCUUUUUUUCAUUCCAGGGAAAGUGUCAACAUGUAAAGGGUGUAAAGUAAAAAUAAAAAUAUCUGUAAAUAUUUUGAAGUUUUCCCAAUCAAGCCAUACACUUCAGUACCUCUCACCUGUCUUAACUAUUCAGGUGUACAUUGUACAGUACAAUUAUUUUAUUGUUGUCUUUUGUCUAUAUGUACAUAAAAGCUAUUUUAUAUAGGAAUAUAUUGUAUAUAUGAGAUGUAUUGUUCCAUGUUUGCGAUUGAUUUAUUUUUAUAUGGGUGUAGAUUACAUUGUAUUGUGUAUUUUGUUUUUUCUUCUUUGCUUUGAGAAGUUGAGAUUGAAGAUGUUAGUGUUGCACUGCGUAUGCCCUGCUGAGACAGACCAAGAAAAACAGAGCACAGAUGAAGAGGGAUAAAGUCUAUAACGGGAAAAGACUCGCUUUCUAAGAGAAACGAGUCAUCCUGUUACAAAAUAGGAGUAAAGUUUUGUUACUAUUUGUUAAAGUGUUUUACUUUGCAUUUGUGUUUAGCUUAUUCUUCAAAAAUAUAUAUUUUUAUUUAUGUACUACGUAUCGCCAUGGUCAUCAACACAAAGCAGAUCCUACGGGGCUGCUGUCACGGGUCAACAAUGAGUGUACCAUUAUGACAUAUUUGUGUGUGAUAGGUGCCCUGGAAUCACUAUAAUCAAAUCCACGCAAAUAAAUAAAAGAAGACUGGGUCUUUACAUGAAAUACAUUUAGUGAGCAUUGCACUCAUCGAGGCAUAGUUUAGCACAUCAUGGCCUACAAAAUACCAAAGUGUCUUUAAUGUCAUUUUUUGUUUCUUUAAUUUAAAAUGUCCUUAAGCACCUGUGCUUAACUCUGAUCAGAAAUCACUGGUAACUUAUAGAUUGCUCGUCCUGCUUUAUGUGCAUAUAUUUACCAUAGUUCAUUGCACAGGCACCUAUAGAAUUGUUCAGAACAACAAUUUGCACCAAAAGGCCACCUAACAAUGAAACUAUGAAGGUCAAAAUACUGAGAAAAGUGAAAUGAUGAGUACUGACAGUUUGGCAGGAAUAAUGAAACAUUUGUGUCUAUUUUGUGCAGUACACCCACGAUGCUAACUGUGAAGGACAAUCAGAUUCGCAAAGUUAUAGAUAGAGUUGGUUCACGCAAUCUAAAAAUUACUUAUUUAAUUUGUGCCAAUUACAUUUUCUAUACUUUUGUCCUGUUUGAAAUGCAAUUUUGAGUAUUUUUUUUCUUUUGUUAUUGUUGUUCAACAACUUUUUUUUUGUUUGCCAACCUGUUUUUUAUUUAUUGUCAAGUUUGCUGUUUUUUUUUUUUCUUUUUUUAUGCCAAAAGAGCUUUAUGAGAAUGUAACAUUGUUUUUCUUGGUAUGCCGUUGCAUUUGCAUUCGGGUCUUGUAGAGACCGUUUAGUGAAAAGAAAUAAAGCAACACUGGAUUCUUCUAAUCUGCAAAAAGUGUCUGAACUAAUUCUAUGCACUUCAUUUCAUUUUUCUUUACUUGAAUUGAUCAUUUAUUUUGGUUCAGUGUAUUCUUGCAGAAAAUGAUGUAUAUGUAGCGCACAUGAAUUCAAACUCAAAAAUAAAAUUGUGCAUAUGUUGUUAGUAAAACUCAAUUUCAUCAUCAUGUAAAAACAAAUAUAUUUUAACACAGUAACAAUACAGCAUGAAGAAAAAAUGGUAUAUUGCAACCAAAAUGGACUAUAUAUCAUGAUGGAGGUGCUGAAGUGGAAGCAAGUGGAGUAUUAUAGGGUUUUAUAAAUGGUGAAAUAAACAAAUAAAGCAACACAAAAUAAGCAGACCAAAAAGGUAAAGUAGCCCUUUAAAGUAUAAAUCCAGAUGUUGCGAUAAUAAAUCUAAAGCAUGUCUCA